CUGAAACUUCCCAAAUCUGAUUCAUGAAUUUAAACAACGCGUGGUUUAUCAACUUUAACCUUUGGCCAGGAUUGGACGCUAAGAGUUUUUCGUUACGUCACGCGUGACGUCACAGCUCCAGCUGUCAAAAGUAGGAGGAGCUUGCGCGGAUAGGCUCCGCCUCUCACCCUUAGCCCGCGAAGUCGUAUAUAAGGCUUCGGGGCUCGAAAGUCCGCCAGUGGAGACCUGACGGGCGAGUAGGGAGUUUGUCGCCGUCUCUGCAAAGUUUACGUCGAAACCCAUCACGAUGCGUUGCUGCGUAGUAGCGCUGUGCUUGUCAGCGCUGUCCACGCUGGCCGCCGCGGCCGCGGAGCCCGCGCCGCACGACCUUGCUCCCGCGCAGAAUGACAACGAAUUAGAACUAACAGAAGAAGAAAAACAAGCGUGGCAAAAUCUACAUGGAGGCUGGGGCAAACGCGGGUGGCAAGACAUGAGCUCCGCGUGGGGCAAGCGAGCCUGGCAGGACCUCAACUCCGCCUGGGGCAAGAGAGCCUGGCAGGAUCUCAACUCUGCUUGGGGCAAGAGGGGCUGGCAGGACCUCAACUCCGCGUGGGGCAAAAGAGGCUGGCAAGACCUUAACUCCGCAUGGGGCAAACGCGCCUGGAGGGACAUGUCCCAGAUGCCUUGGGGCAAGAGGGGAUGGCAAGACAUGAGCUCUGCCUGGGGCAAGCGGGGCUGGAACGAUAUGAGCUCUGCCUGGGGAAAGAGGGGAUGGAACGACAUGAGCUCUGCUUGGGGUAAAAGGGGUUGGAAUGACAUGAGCUCAGCUUGGGGAAAACGCGGCUGGCAGGACAUGAGCUCGGCUUGGGGCAAGAGAGCACCGGAAAAAUGGGCGAACUUCCACGGAUCAUGGGGCAAGCGAUCAGGACCCGAGACCGACUACGAAGAUGUUGAAACCAUUGACCAACUGAUUCCGAUCCAACAGCUGGACGAGCCGGAGCAGAUCGCGGAAUCACCGGAGAAGCGCGCAUGGUCCGCGCUGCACGGCGCCUGGGGCAAGCGCCCCGUCAAGCAGCACAUCAACAGCGAAAACAGCGCGCCGCGGGAUGAAGCCUAGACAACUGGAAACUGUAUUAUAACUAAGAUACUUAGCCACCACAGUCAUAUCUACAUGUAGGAACAAUACUCUCUGUCCGCUUCGAACAACAUUAUUUGUCAUAUCCCCAUGUUAACCCUAAAGGUGACUAAUUCUUUUCACUCCCAACCAGUGGAAAGCAUUAGUCGACGACCUGAGUUCCUAGUACUUCAGUUAUCGUAUUUUUCUAUAUACAUGUAUAUUACUAUCCCUUUGAGAUUACGUACAAAUAUAGCUCUACGAACUAUGUCACCUUCUAGAAUAAUCUAUUUCCUAAGGCCGAGUUACAUUGAGACACGCGCUUAUCGUGAAGCGUCAAGCGUAAGGCGAACAAAUGUGAAGUGAAUGCAAUGCUUUCUUAUCAUAAGUGCACCAGCUACAUAAUAGAAAUACCUACAUACAGAAACCAGUUGAAAACAUUGUAUUUUCAGGUCACAAUUUAUCACCCAUAAAAAGAUUCAAUUAUUAUUAGCGCUGAUAGUGUGGAAAGAAGGCUGGCUAUGUAUGUGCUCCAAGCACUCGCGACUACUCCCCGCUCUGCUUGACGCCCCGCGUUACGCGCUGCAUCUCUUCAAAACGCGGCCUUAGCUAGUAGGAAACGUAUAAAUUAUUUUUACGAUCUUUGAUAUACACGCUGUUAGGCAGGCGUAAUAUGUAAUAUUGAGCUAGUUAGUUGAAUUAAUUAAUAAAUUAAUUGUAUUUUAUUAGAGACGUUGAUGUAAAUUGUACUGGUACUUCCUCGGAAGGCGUUUGUCCAAUAAAAGUUUAUUCGGAA